UUUAUGUGAGCGGAGAGCGCUUCCUGCAGAGAGGAGCUCCGGCCGGGCUCAUUUUCGCCUGCCGGGUCAGCCGCUCUGUGUUUCAGUCUGAAGCCGUUGGCUGCUACUGAACCGUUUGGCUCUUUUCUCUACUAGCGAGCAAACCUACAAUCUAGACCCAACUGUACAUCCAGCUCCUUUUUCAGGGGAUUUAUCAUCAUAUGUGCCCGUGUAUCCAAAACACAGCGGUCAUUGGGGAUUCCUAGCAGCGGCCGGCCGGCUCUGAGGGCCGUUAUAACGCGUUUUUCGAGGUUUAAUUAGAGCUAGAAAACAACGGUGGUGGAGGAGGAGAUUCCAUAUUAGGAGCACAGAGGAGAAGCACCCCCCUUGUGUGAUUUGGAGCUUUCGGUUCUGAGCCCAUGGUACAAAGCCCUGACUGAACAUACUGGUGGUGCAUACAGACUUACUACUGUGGCUCGGUGUGUGCGUGCUGACCUCAUGGUGUAACAGGAGUAAAGAUGAGCAUUAGCAGUGAUGAGGUCAACUUCCUGGUCUACAGAUACCUACAGGAGUCAGGGUUCUCCCACUCAGCGUUUACCUUUGGUAUAGAGAGUCACAUCAGCCAGUCCAACAUCAAUGGUGCUCUGGUUCCCCCUGCUGCCCUCAUCAGCAUCAUCCAGAAGGGCCUGCAGUACGUGGAGGCUGAAGUCAGCAUCAAUGAGGACGGCACGUUAUUUGACGGUCGGCCCAUCGAGUCCCUGUCCCUGAUCGAUGCAGUAAUGCCGGACGUUGUCCAGACGAGGCAGCAGGCUUACCGGGACAAAAUGGCCCAGCAGCAGGCCGCAGCGUCAGCGCCGGCAUCGGCCACCGGAGGCAGCAUCGCCGGCAACGCCAAGAACGGAGAGAAUACUGCCAACGGGGAGGAGAAUGGAGCCCAUGCCUUAGCAAACAACCACGCAGACCUGAUGGAAGUGGACGGAGACGUGGAGAUCCCUCAGAACAAGGCCAUGGUCUUGAGGGGCCACGAGUCAGAGGUCUUUAUCUGUGCCUGGAACCCAGUCAGUGAUCUGCUGGCAUCAGGGUCUGGUGAUUCGACGGCUCGUAUCUGGAACCUGAGUGAGAACAGUACAAGCAGCUCCACACAGCUGGUCCUGAGGCACUGCAUACGAGAGGGAGGGCAAGACGUUCCCAGCAACAAAGACGUCACCUCACUAGACUGGAAUAGCGAGGGAACGCUGUUAGCAACAGGCUCUUAUGACGGCUUUGCCAGAAUAUGGACGAAAGACGGUAACCUGGCCAGUACUCUCGGCCAACACAAAGGUCCCAUCUUCGCCCUGAAGUGGAAUAAAAAAGGAAAUUUUAUCCUGAGUGCAGGAGUAGACAAGACUACAAUCAUAUGGGAUGCCCACACAGGAGAAGCCAAACAACAGUUUCCCUUCCAUUCAGCUCCAGCACUAGACGUGGAUUGGCAGAGCAACAAUACGUUUGCCUCUUGUAGUACAGACAUGUGCAUCCACGUCUGUAAACUGGGACAAGACAGACCCAUUAAAACAUUCCAGGGACACACAAAUGAAGUAAAUGCAAUCAAGUGGGACCCCACAGGAAACCUGCUCGCCUCCUGCUCAGAUGACAUGACGUUGAAGAUCUGGAGUAUGAAGCAGGACUCGUGUGUCCAUGACCUGCAGGCCCACAGCAAAGAAAUCUACACCAUCAAAUGGAGUCCCACCGGGCCUGGAACCAACAACCCCAGUGCUAACCUCAUGCUAGCCAGCGCAUCAUUUGACUCCACAGUUCGGCUCUGGGACGUGGACAGAGGCAUCUGCAUCCACACGCUGACCAAACACCAGGAGCCAGUCUACAGCGUGGCUUUCAGCCCAGACGGUCGCCAUCUGGCCAGCGGCUCUUUUGACAAAUGCGUGCACAUCUGGAACACACAGACGGGAGCUUUAGUCCACAGUUACAGAGGGACGGGGGGAAUCUUUGAGGUUUGCUGGAACGCAGCGGGGGACAAAGUGGGAGCCAGUGCGUCAGACGGAUCUGUGUGUGUAUUAGACCUUCGGAAAUAGUGCUGCUGUUUGUUGGAAGCCAUGGACCGACCAUGAAUGUGUACAUAGCCAAAUGACUGUCCCUGCCUGCCCUGCGUACUGCUCACGCUUACGGCCCCGCCCACCGACAGACAGGAAGCAGGAAACAGGAACAGGAAGCAAGCACCCGACACAGCAGGUCCAGACGCAGGGAUGAACCGACGGACGGACAGAUGGACGGACGGACGGACGGACGGAUGGUUUGAAGCGCCCCUCUCUGUCUGUGUAGACUCUCAGAGAGACGCAGAAGGGACGCAGCGAAAAAAGAAAAAAAAACUGAUAGACAAAAAAAAAGUUACAGAUCCGUAUGUGUACCAAAAUUUGGAAGCUGUUUUGCUUUUUUCGAUCUUUAAACAUGCUCAUCGUCAUCAAAAUGAAAAACUAUGAAAAAAGUGUUGAUUUUGUUACUAGUCGGAUCUCAUUGUGCGGACAUAUCAACUUCUCCACCACAGAAUAGGAUGGCACUUAGUUUUUUUUUAAAAUUUCAGAUCUCUUGGUUCCAUGUUUUUAUAUUUUUUAUCUUCGGGGGAGGGGGCGGGGGCCGGGCAGAUGGAGAAGCGCAUAAACACGAACGUACCCGAAACACCAAACAGUUCAGAAGAGCGGCGUCCUCGUCACAAUUUUCAAACCAAUGUGGCAAAACUAAAGGCUUUUUUUGUUUCCAUGUGUUUCAGUAGUGAUGCCUGGCUGCAGCUGUGAGUGAGUCAUACGGUUAACUUGAAAAUGCAGUAAUUCGUAUGUGGUCUUCUCCAGAGGACUCGCUCUGGAUUCCUCUUGUGCAUCCAUGCGGGCACAUGAAGUGAUGAUGUACAUCUAGAUGCUUUAAAACAGUACCAUUGUGCACUAUUUGAUCUGGAUGCUAUUAAUCACAGUUCUGCUCUCUGGACUUUGGCUGUAGUAGUGAAAUAAAUUGGCAGGAAGCUGACUGUUCCCUCCACUUCUCUGAAAGUGUCCAGCGGUUUUUACACGUUAGAAAACACGUCCACGUGAACAACUCAACAUUCUCAACUGAUUUCUAAUUGGAUUCACCUUCAAAUUCACAAACACGCUGCCCUACGGUCUGCUGGUGAAAAAGCUUCACAUUUCCAGACUAACUCUGUGGAGGCACAAAUAAUCUCAGCCACUUAAACCACAGAGGGUGGAGCCAAAGAAAAGCCAGUGAAAUGUUACUGCACCUGAGUGGACAGAUGGGGUUCUGUUCCCGUUUUUCUAUUUUGAAGCGUUCACGCAUUAAUAUUUAUUUCUUAUAUUUAAAUUGUGCUCUAUUUGAUUAACAUGCAUAACUAAACAUAGUUUCUUCUGUAAUGAGCAGAAUAUCUGUAUUAAAGUGGGAUUAUUUACACAUGACUGGAAGUUAGGGAUGGGUACCACAAACCUGGGAUUAGGUCAGUGGGGGAGGAAUUAAGAAAACAUUUCCUGUUUAUUAUUUGCUAUACAUAAACAUUAUCUUGCACAUUUAUUUCACCAGUGCUAUGACACAUUUUCACUCUUCUUUUUUCCAUGACAGGCUCAAAUGUUUUGAAUGCGUGCAGCCUUACAUACCUCACACGGUGUUAACGAAAUCGUACAAACGGGUUAAUGAAUGAAAGUAACUGUUAGUUUAUUGAUUAGUUAAAGGUGUUCUUCUAGAGCCACUUGUUCAGUAACUUAUGUUUGAAUCUUGUUUCUUAUUUUAUUAUCACGGUUUCUCUGAGGUUGGUGCUUGCAGUAGUAGAAGAACUUGUUAAUACAGCCUAUAAAAAAUAAAAUACCAUCCAAAAAAAGUUCUUCAGCUGUGACUAAAAAAUUAAGAAUGAAAGAGGAAAUGUAAAAUACUGCCAUGUUAAUUCUUUCCGAUGAGAGCACCAUUGGUAAUUGUAGCUGUAUUGUUAAAAUAUUUAUGAUACCCAUCCUUAACGGACAGUUUUGCCAAUUUAGAACGUCAGAAUGAAGGAUAAAUGAAUACUAAUGUGAACGCAGCAUUUAAACAAAGUCAUUUCAGUUUUGGAAACUAUCAAAACAACAUCACAUUGUGUCGUCACUGACAGGCAAAACAGCUUUCAUCCCCUUCAGGUGUGACUCAGUGGGAUUGAUAGCAGGAAGUGUGCGCACAUACCAUGCACAUUUUCUGCAUCAGAAUGGUUUUUAAGAGAAAAGUAGGAGUUUCAGAAGUGACGAGUACAUUCAGCAUUCUGUAGGGAGUUUAAGUUUUGGACUCUGCCUCUGUCAAUGUUUAUAUUCUGAGCUCAAAUUGCCACAGUCAUGAGUGAAAGGGAAAACGUUGUCUGUCCUAAAAACGUGUUUCAAAGUUGUCGGAUUUGCUCUGUGAACAGUGACUUUUUGGCUCCAUCGUCUGGAGGGUUUAAUUCAAUCUUCAUAAACGUACGUCCCUAUGGAAUAUUUUUAUAACCAAAACUCUAGAUUUUUAAGCUAUUUUGUAAAAAAAACAAAAAAAAAACAAGGCGGCCAAAUUUCUGUGGCAAGAAGUGGAGGGCUUCAGUGCGACUCUGGACUGCUGUUGUUCAAGACAGACGUGACACUUUGUUAGCGUUGUGCCCUGGUCAACACAGGUAUCAGAAGGUACUCGUAGAACCCAAUAGAGGCACUGAAAGGCAGAAACAAAGCAGACGUGCAAAGAUUUGAAGUAGCUAAAGGUCAAAUGUAAAGUCCCUCCCUCCCCCCCAAACAACAUCCUGGUGAAUUAAAACAGUCAAACGUGAAGCUGCAUCUUCAGUGUAUUUUAAUUCAUCUGCCCUCUCACCUUUUAUUCUGAAGGUCCCCACUGACGAGACAUUUUAUACUCUUUUAAAGACAAAUUUAAAGUUACAUUUUUGUAAUUUCUUUGUAGAUCUGAAACAAAUGUGAAAUGAUUUAUUGGCAGUGUUAAUUUACAUGUUCUAUAAAUUUGAAAGAUUUUUGGUUUUUGUUCAGUUUCAUGCAAACGGUAAAGGUUGACCCUGCAAUGUAAAGCUCACUGAGUGGAGCUGCCAUUCUGAAGGCACCUUGCCUGGGGAGCGUUUUUCCCAGCAGCGAAUCACCACUAAAUUUGUUUGAAUAAAGAAACGUUUUACUUUUUCUUUUGCUUGAAUCUCUUUGGGAGGUUUUGUCCCGGAAUAAUGGGCGAGGGAGGAAAUGAUUUUCUCCUGAAGCUCGUAAAACAUUAAAAAAAAACUUGUAAAACUGAAUAAGAUUGUAAUUUUUCAAUUAAUACAAGACUCUGGGGAGUUUUUGGUCCCCUCUCUCUUUCAUCACUGAAGUUAGGAGUCAUACCAGAUGUUUGUGGAGGAAGCUGCUCUGUGAGCACACAACAGGACAUUUUUUGUAAAAAAACAAACUUCACAUCCAAAAAAUAUCUACUUUAAAGUCAAAUCACUGCUCAAUAAAAUAAGCCUUUGAGCAUUUUGUCACUACAUGGGUUCGCCAGACAGAGUGUCAGUGUGUUUCCAAUUUGCCAACCGGACUAAUACAACCUGAAAUUAUUUCAUAAAAUAUUUAUGUAUGUGUGAAAUGUCUUUUUUCCAAGAAAUGUCCCCUCUCACAAAUGAGAACACUCUAACUCGAAAAUCAGGUGAUAUUAGACUGAUGCCAGUGACAAGUUGAAUCACAUCCUCCAAAAUCAUCAUGAAUUUGCCCAAAAAAUGCUGAUCUUGACCAAACAUUUCAAAUAUUUAAGCCUCACUUAGCAGUUUAAGGAAACCAAAUCCCGCCUCCAAGGCACCUCUGCUCCCGAGGAACUAUUUGUAGAACUGCAAAUGAACCAAUUCCUUCCUGUAAUAAAUUGGACAUUUCUACUACUGGACUCCCAGAGAUUUUUAAUGUGUUUCCUAUUUAGAGUCCUGUGCACUAUUUCUUUUCCUUCCCCUGUACUCAAAGCACUCGAAAUCCAAAAGUUUGUACAAAUCUCUCACCCAGGCAGAGUCCCCCCCCUGAUGUGUUCAUGCCAUCGCUCGGUUUGUGCCACCGUGUGUCUGGGUAAACCCGGCCAAAGUCGCUGAGUCAGCCUUUAUCUGUGGAGUCAUGGCGGCCUGACCUGGGCUCUCCAAGCCAUUUUUUCUGUUUGUUUUUCUCUGCAGCUCACAUCAUCACAUCCAUCUGUCAUCAUUUAAGUCAGAUCAGUGAAACUUAAGUCCAGAAUAAAAUAUAUUUUGAUAAGA